AUGGCCGACCAAUUCAAGGCUCGUACGCUAAAACGCAAAAAUGUCAAGGGUCUUGCCCUGAACGCCGCCCCGAAACCGUCGGCCAACGCCUCUGACGGCGAUGCCCAGGCUCCCGGCGCCGUCGGAAACAGCGAGAACAACCGAACAACAGACACCCUGGAAAUUGGACUGGAAUUCCGACUCGACCUCCGCAGUGAAGAUUUGGUGACUCUGAAGGAACUGGGCGCGGGAAAUGGCGGGACGGUCUCCAAGGUUAUGCAUGCCUCCACGAAGGUCGUGAUGGCCCGAAAGAUCAUUCGAGUCGAUGCCAAGGAGAAGGUGCGCAAGCAAAUAUUGCGGGAGUUGCAGGUCGGACAUGACUGUAAUUCCCCGAACAUCGUCACUUUCUACGGUGCCUUCCAGAAUGAAGCGAGAGAUAUCGUCCUGUGCAUGGAAUACAUGGAUUGCGGUUCGCUCGACCGUAUAUCCAAGGACUUCGGUCCCGUCCGGGUGGACGUGCUGGGCAAAAUCACCGAGUCGAUUCUGGCGGGUCUGGUCUAUCUGUACGAGGCUCACCGCAUUAUGCACCGCGAUAUCAAACCGUCCAACAUUCUCGUCAACUCGCGGGGAAACAUCAAGCUGUGUGACUUUGGCGUGGCCACGGAGACCGUGAAUUCCAUCGCCGAUACGUUCGUCGGAACUUCGACCUACAUGGCGCCCGAGCGGAUCCAGGGCGGUGCGUAUACGGUGCGAUCAGAUGUCUGGAGUGUGGGAUUGACGGUGAUGGAAUUGGCCGUGGGCCGAUUCCCCUUCGAUGCGUCCGAUGCGUCCGCCGGGGACCGCGCCAGUGCCGGACCCAUGGGUAUCCUGGAUCUUCUGCAGCAAAUCGUGCAUGAGCCCGCCCCCAAGCUACCCAAGAGCGAUGCAUUCCCUCCCAUCCUGCACGAAUUUGCGGCGAAAUGUUUGUUGAAGAAGUCCGAAGAGCGGCCGACGCCCCGAGAACUAUAUGACAAGGACGCCUUCCUGCAGGCGGCGAAGCGCACGCCCGUCGACCUGCAAGAAUGGGCCAUCAGCAUGAUGGAGCGACACAACCGGAAAUCCUACUUGGCUCCGGCACCGCCCAAAUCCCUCAGGGAGGAGGCCUCGCAACCCAAUCCCAGCCCGGCUGCUGCCCCCAAACCCGUGUCCAGCAAAUCCUCUCGCACGCCGCAAUACCCCCCCUCGUCCGGCGAUAUCCCCUUGAACAUGCCUGCCGAAGUGUCCUCGUCCCAUUCCCGCCACUAUCAGUAUCCUUCCAACCCGUCGCCGCGGCCCGGCCGGUCCAACCGGUCUCCGCUUCUCUCUCUGGAGCACUUGUCCCUGGAAACCAAAGACGACGAAUAUCGCUCCGGGCGUCGUCCGUCGCGCGCACACCUGGUGGAUCCCAUCUCCGCCGUCGAUGCCCCCGCGCGACCUUCCAUGAGCUCCCGCUCGGCCAGUUCUCACAACACCAAAUCGCGGAUGCCUCUCCAGUCCUCGACGCACCCGGUUCGCGCCGCACCACCGCCCAGCGGACCUCCGCCCCCAGUGCCCACAUCCAGCGGAGCAUCGUGGCAGCGCCAGCCCGGUUCGAUGCGCGGCAACCACAUGACGGGGGCCGUCUAA